AUGUGUUGGCCCCGCCCCUCCGCUUCCACGUGCCCCUCCCUUCUGCCUCCGGAGCUGAACAUGGCUGCUGCGGCUGGAGCGCUGCGAAGGGUGCUGAAGCCUUCGGCUGCCUGGACCACCACUUUCCCCUGGAAGGCAUGCCUUUCCCCUGCCAGACGGUCUCUCCCUGCAUUUGCGGCUACAUGCGGACAGAAGAGCACUAGUACCAGUGUGGUGCCACCUUUUCCUCGGCACCAUUACUGUACCAGCCCUCCAGCUUCUGUUCCUGCUGUCACUCAACAUGCUCCCUAUUUUAAGGGCACUGCUGUCGUUGAUGGGGAUUUCAAAGAGCUGAGUUUGGAUGACUUUAAAGGGAAAUAUCUGGUUCUCUUCUUUUACCCCUUGGAUUUCACUUUUGUAUGCCCAACGGAAAUUAUUGCUUUCAGUGACAAAGCAAAUGAAUUCCAUGAUGUGAACUGUGAGGUUGUUGCUGUGUCGGUGGAUUCUCACUUUUGCCACCUUGCCUGGAUAAACACACCACGAAAGAAUGGCGGCUUGGGAAGUAUGAAAAUCCCUCUUCUGUCAGACAUAACGAAACAGAUUUCCCGAGAUUAUGGUGUGCUUUUGGAAGGACCUGGUGUUGCAUUAAGGGGUCUCUUUAUCAUUGAUCCUAAUGGAAUCAUCAAGCAUUUGAGCAUCAAUGACCUCCCAGUUGGUCGCAGUGUGGAGGAAACGAUCCGCUUGGUAAAGGCCUUCCAGUUUGUAGAGACGCAUGGAGAAGUCUGCCCAGCAAAUUGGACACCAAACUCCCCCACGAUCAAGCCAAAUCCAGAAGGAUCAAAGGAAUACUUUGGCAAAGUCAAUAAAUAAGAUCAUGAACAGUAAAGAGCUACUAUCGGGUUUCCUCAAGCCAGAAGCUGACAACUUGUGAAAGCAGCCUUGAUUGUAAUAAAAACGCACAAUUGUUUUAAUAGUUCUUCUGAUUUAAACAUGGUCUAUUUUGUAGGAUUAUGGAGAUGAGUAGUUUUCUUGCCCAGGCGGGUUUAAGCACCACUGAAGGCUUGAGCAUCUCCUACGUAUAAUAGCACUAGCAGAAAAUGUUUGUAAUUAAAGAGAACUAUAUGAAGAAAAAUAA